AGGAUGGUUCCAGAAGAAGAAAUUUUAAGGGAUAAAGAGGAAAUACGUGAUCUUAAAGACAGAUUAAAAUUCAUAGAGGCGAAAGUGGCAUUCCUUUUAUCCCAACAAUCAGAUACUUGUUCUUCACAAGUUAAAGAGAUUGCUGGUGACAUAAUUUUGAAGAGAUCAAGUACAUCAGAUAAUAGUAGAGAUGGCAAAGGUGCAAGUGCAUCGGAGCAGCAAGGAUUUCAAGCUACUGAGACUGCCCAACCUCGCAAGCGACGCCGCCUUCGAAAAAGUUUUGGACAGACUAAAUGUGGGGAUGAAACUCAUCUAAAAUAAUCAUAGACGGUAUGUUAUUUUACUGCAAGAGUUAUCAUUAUAAUGCAUUAAAUUUUUUAUAAUUUUAAAUAUAAGCAAAUCAAAUAAUUUUUUUGGAUCAAAAUGGGUCAAAUACAUGCUCUGCCUUUGUUAAACCUAUGCUUUUUAGUUGAUUUGUUAAACCUGUGCUUUUUAAAUUAAAUGUUCACUUAGAA